GGCAAGAUGAGGAGAACCAAGCCCCCCACCUCCAGGAGAACUGAAAUCCAGCAUCUGUACGAAUGCUACGCCUCAGGCCAGACCACUUUGCCUGCACAUGACCUCGUCCGGUUCCUCCACGAGAAGCAGAUGGAGCUCACAGCAAACCAAGAGACGGCAGAGAGUUUGAUUGACAGAUAUGAGAUUGAAGAGACAGCCAGAGAAAGCAGGUCUUUGACAUUUGAGGGAUUCUUCAGGUACAUGGAGUCCCAAGACUGCUGCGUGUUCGACCAGACCCACAGAUCUGUGUACCAAGACAUGGAGCAGCCUCUCACCAGCUACUUCAUCUCCUCAUCACACAACACCUACCUGACUGGAGACCAGCUUGUAGGAAAAAGCCACCUCAAUGCUUAUGUUUGUGCUCUGAGGAAAGGCUGUCGCUGUCUGGAGAUUGACUGCUGGGAUGGGAAAAAUAUGGAGCCUGUCGUCUACCACGGCCGCACCCUGACCACAAAGAUUCUCUUUAAGGAUGUCAUCGAAACAGUUGCGCAACAUGCCUUUGAGGUGUCUGCCUUCCCGGUGAUCCUGUCUUUGGAAAACCAUUGCUCCAAAGAGCAGCAAGUGAUCAUUGCCCAGAACCUCAUCUUUAUCCUGGGGGAGAAGCUGCUAAGAGCUCCCUUGGAUCAUCUGACCCCUGGAGACCUCCCGAGCCCAAAUGACCUGAAGUAUAAAAUCCUCAUCAAGAAUAAAACGCUCCAGCCUCAGACUAGUGCAGAAGAUGCAUCAGGAACAGAGAUAGAGGAGAGCGUAGAUGAAAGCGAGUAUGACAUUGUGGAGGAUGAGGAGGACGAGGAGUUUCAAACCACGUCAAAGUUCUGGUAUCCGAGAAAGUCAGGGCAAAAGAAGAAAAAGGUGGUGGUGGCCAAAGCUUUGUCUGACUUGGUCAUAUACACCAAGUCGGUCAAGUUCGUCAGCUUCAGUUCCUCUAAGGACAAUCAGAGCUGCUGUGAGAACACGUCUACAACAGAGGAGAAAGCACACAAGCUAGCCAGAGCCUCAGGUGCAGAUUAUGUUCGGCACAACCAAAAGUUCCUCAGCAGGAUUUACCCAGCGGCCUUCAGGACGUCUUCGUCCAAUUACAACCCUCAGGAGUUUUGGAACGUGGGCUCUCAGCUUGUGGCUCUCAACUUCCAGUCACAGGGCCUGCCUAUGGACCUUAAUAAUGGCCGUUUCCAGGACAACGGGGGCUGCGGGUACACCCUGAAGCCGGCGGUGCUCAUGUCCAGUGAGACGAGCUUUGAUCCCAGCUGUAGCCGGGGCUUGAAAGCCACACGCCUGCUGCUCAAGGUGAUCAGUGGCUCCAACCUUCCUCUCCCCCGGAGCGGCAAACCUCUGGACCCCUUCGUCAGAGUGGAGAUCAAUGGGAUUGCAUCUGAACCCCACAAAAGAAACACACACACUGUCAAAAACAACUCUCUGACUCCUCACUGGGACACGGACAUGAACUUCCACAUCAGCGUCCCCGAGCUCUGCCUGGUGCGCUUCAAUGUGCGGGAUCGGACCGGCUGCCUCAGUAGUGACUUUGUGGGCCAGUACACUUUGCCCUUCAGCAGCCUGAAGAAAGGCUACCGCUGGGUACCUCUCCUGUCCCGAGACGGAUGCAGUCUGGAGCCAGCCACCCUCUUUGUUUUUAUCUGGUAUUCUUAA